AUGCUGAAAUCUAUUCUAAUACUCCUCCUGGGCACAGCCCACGCUGCCAGGGCGGCCGACACGCAAGUGGUCUUCGCUCCUGAGUCCGAAACUCCCCAGCCGAGCAAGCUUGAGCACGCUGUUGACAACGCAAUUCUUGCCGCUUUGGAAGUGCAUUCAGACCCAGUUGCGGCGCUUAUCUCUUUGGAUCCCGAGAAUGAAUUGCUUCUUGCUCAACCACGUCUCCUACGUGUCCUGGGUGAUGACUCUGAGCCACAAUGGAUGACUGAAGGAGACAAGCUGCGCCUCCGUAGACAAGGCAAGAACUUUAUGGAUAUUACCGACCAUGAAGAAUUUUAUGCAGAGCAGAUACAUACUUUGACUGCUGGCAAGCCACACCUCCCUGAGUUGGUUCAUGAAAGCCUUAUCCGGCCUCUGUUCUCAAAGGUUAAUCAGCCGCGUAUGGUUGAUGUUCUCCACCAUAUGACCGGUUACUAUAAUCGAUACUAUGGAGAUAUUCAUGGUGAAUUGAGCUCCGAGUGGCUCCACGAACACAUUGCUGAGAUUAUCGCCAAAUCUCCAUUCCGUACCCAUAUCUCGCUCGAGUAUUUCACCCACCCUUUCCCACAGUCAUCGAUCAUCGCUCGUUUCGAGCCAAAGGUUCGCAAUGCUUCUGCGCCAUUGACCAUCCUUGGUGCGCACCAGGACUCGGCCAAUUAUCUCUUUCCUCUCCUGCCAGCCCCUGGAGCGGAUGACGACUGCUCAGGUACGGUGAGUAUUCUGGAGGCAUUCCGGAUUCUGGCUGAGAGCGGCUACACGCCUAUGAAUGGUCCGGUCGAGUUCCACUGGUACGCAGCCGAAGAGGGUGGCUUGCUGGGCAGUCAGCACCUUGCCAGGUACAAGAAGGAACAGAACACAGUGAUCGGAGCGAUGAUGGAGUUUGACAUGACGGCGUUCAUUGCCCGCAAUGCGACCGAGACUAUCGGAUUUAUUUCGACUCAGGCUGAUGCGGCUCUUACCAACUGGACCGUGAGCCUGAGCGAGAAAUAUAUCUCGAUCCCCGCGGAGAUUUAUGAUUUGGGACCGUCCGCUGGCUCUGAUUACAUGUCGUACACACAACUCAACUACCCCGCUGCUUUUGCCUCGGAGGGCAAUCCUUUAGCGGGGGGUCGUUUCCCUGGUGAGUAUGAUCCCUAUGUUCAUUCUUCCCGUGACACCAUGUGGGUGAAUGAUGAAGCUGGGUACUUCUCUGUCGAUCACAUGGCGCGAUUCACCGAACUAGCGAUAGCCUUUGUGGUGGAACAGGCAGGUUGGAACAACGCAUGGCGGUAA